GAUAGUGAUGAUGAUCAUGAUGAUCAUGUGAUAGAUGACCAAAAAACAGAUGAAGUAGAACUCAGAAAUUACUUAAUUAACCUGGAAAAUAGGCUGAAAAGACAAACUGAUUUGAGAAAAAUAAAAACAACAAGAACAAUUCCAUGGACAACAACAAUGCUUCCUCCUCUCACAUCACAACAAAUAAUGCACACUAAACUGGCAUCGACUCCUUCAAGUGAGAAAAUGGACAAGUCAUCUAAACCCCAACAAGACAAACCAUUAAAUUGUGAUUUACUGGAAACAGUCAACAAAGACAUUAGUGCAGUGUUGGUCUACAGGGAUCCCAAGAAUCAACUGCAGCUUAUUGAGAUAGCAAGAGAAAAGGUUAUAAAUAUAGCACCAGAGGAGUUUGUCAACAAGUUUGGAGAGCAGCCACCAGUAGCAUACUCAUGUGUACAGCUUAUUCCUACUAUCACGACAAGACCAUUAGUAACAGAUAUCGACCGGGAUCACAGACUUGAUCUCAUUUAUGCAGUGGACUAUGUAACACAAAAACCUGCCACUGGACCAACUAGGAUGAUAACACACUUAAUGAAGCUGAGAAAAGUUGAUAUUUCAAGUGCUAUUUCCAAGAAACACAACAGAAAACUAUCCACUAAAUUAUAUAGAUCAGACAGAAAGAACUAUAAACGAAAUGAGAAUUUUGAUUCACCAUUUUUAACAUGGAAUACAUAAUUCAUUCUAGAGAAUCAGUAUGGUGACUAAAAUAUAAUACAGGCAGAAUUACAAUACCCUGGAGAAAUUUGGGUUACUGUUUACAGCAUGAAUGAUCUGUGGGCAUUUGCCAUGUAACUAGUUUUUGCGCGUGAAGAAAACUURAUUUAAUGUGAUAUUUGUGCAUGYUGUAGUGCCAAWCUAAAUUUCUCCACCRUCUGUUAUGUACUCUUAAAAAUGUCUAAUCGACAUGUUAGACACA